UUAACAUCAUUAUUAUCAUAUUUACUUCAUUUUAAUCAAAUUUCAAUGAAAAAACAACAACAACAACAUUGUGAUAAUGAACAAAUGCCAUCCGAAAAAGAACAACCAGAAUCAAAUGAACAAAAUACGGAAAAAUCCACAAAGAACAAUGUAUUGGAAUUUAUUUAUCAAAAAUUUUUACCAUUAUUGAAACAAACAUUUCAACGAAUGUUAGAUUUUAUUGAUCAAUAUCGUUCGAUGUCGAUAAAAAUUGAACAAGAUUUAUUUAAUUGUUUUUUACAUUGGCGUGAUCAAAUCGGUUCACAUGAUUCAAUAACACAGACAUUAUUUUCACAUUAUCAAAGUCUUGUAUUAUUUAUACUAAUAUUACGAGAUUAUAUGAUGAAUAAUAAUGAUAAUCAUCAAUGUGAUAAUCUAAAUAUUGAUCAACGUUUUUUAAUGGAAAUGUUUGAUCAUGAUCAUUGGUAUUUAGAUUUUUAUUAUCGUCUGUGUGCAUUUCAUUAUGUUCUUCCGCCACCGCCACCAUUAACACCACAAUCGCCAUCGCAAUUAUCAUCUGAUAAUACAUUGAUUGAUGUAUCAUCAUCAUCGUCCACGACUUUAAUUGAUCAAUCAACAAAUUCAAUUUUAACUAAAAUUAAUCUUAUGGAUUUAGGUAAAAAUAAUUCAAACAUACAACAACAACAGCAACAAAAUUUUAUCGGUCGAUAUCAAGUUACAAAUGUUGAUGGUAAUAUGAUGAAUGUUAAAACAUUAUCAUCACCAUCAUCAUUACCACUACCAUUAUCAUCACCAUUAUCGACGACAACAACAUCAAUUCUACAACAACAUUUACAACAACAAUCAUUAAAUAAUACUGAAACAUUAUCAGCUUAUAAUUCUAAUUAUAAUAAUAAUGAUAAUAAUAAUAUACAAACAUUAACAAAUUCAAAUAUAACAACAACAACAACAAUACAGAAUAAUAAUGAUUUUAGUAUUGGAUCAACACAAUAUACAUUUACAUCGAAUGCAUUGAAUAAUUUAGAUAUAUUUGGUUUUUUUCGUUAUAAAACAAUAUCAUGUAAAAUAAUAUUGGUAUCAUUAAUACCAACAAUAUCGGAUCUUUAUGAUAUUGGAAAACAACAACAACUGAAGCAGCAACAACAAUCAACAAUAAAACCAUUGCAUAAUCGACAAUUACGUUCAAGAAAAAGUUUAAGACUUAAAUCUGGACAACCAUCACGAUUACCGGUUUCAGUUGUAUCGUCGGUUCAAUCAUCAUCAAAUAAAGAUGAAGAUAUAACCGAUUUGAUUGAUAUUGAAUCAUCAAAUUCAGAAUCAUCAUUAUCAUUGGAAAUUGAACGUAAUAAUCAUGAUAAUAAAGAUAAUAUUGCAACACGUUUAAUUGAUAUAUUGAAUACAUUAUCGAUUGAUAAUAAUUAUGAAAUUGCAAUGAAAAUGUCGAAUAUUAUUGAAAAAUUAGUUGAACGUUUUACCGAACCAAUACGGCUAUAUUCGGUAUUGACAAAUGUUUUGCAAUCACAAAAUUUUGAUGUCAUAGCGCAGAUUAUUCGUAAUUUUGUCGAUGUAUUUACAUCGAUGUUAAAUUCAUCACAAUUGACUGCUCAGACAAAUACAAUCAUUGAAUAUGUUGUCGAUACAUUUAUGCGUUCGGAAACAUAUCUAAGUACAAAACCAAAAUGGCGUUUACAUAUACAAUAUUUUGAUGUUAUGUUUCGUUUAUCAAGAAUUAUACCUGUUGAUAUUGUUAAACGUUUGAUAAUACCACGGUUAUUAUUACGAUUUAGUACAACGCGUCCAAUACCUUGUCGACAAGCAAUUGCACGUUGUCUUUUAAUGGUUUAUUUGGAGAAUUUUGCUCAACAUGAUUUUGAAAAAUAUUGUGUUCAAUCAACAUCGGUAAACAAUGGUGCCAAUAAUCAAACAACGAUGAUGAUGAUAUCAAAUCCAUUAAAUUUUGAUGAUCAUGAUCAAAAUGCCUAUCUAUCAUUUGAUUUAUUUAAUUGGUUAGAUCGUAAUCUUCGACAAUCACAAAGAUAUCAAGAUCGUCAAUUAUAUAUUGAUAUGUUAGCAAUGUUUAUACGUUUUUUAUUUCGUGAUUCAAUUGAAUGGCGUGAAUCAUUACCGAAUCAUUAUCUAAUGGAUAUUGAAGAACAAUGUCCAUCAUUAAUGAAUUGGUCAGAAUUAUCAUAUCGUUUUUCAAAAUAUCGAUAUCAUUUAAAUCUUAAAGAAUUACAUUCAUCACAAUUUUUUGCAAUGUUAAUGAUACAACGUUAUCGAUUAUUACAUCAGUUAACGGAAUUAGCUACAAAAGAUCGUGUAUCAACUAUUCGUACUAGUUCAUGUAUUGUACUUUUUACAUUAUUACAAUGUACAAAUUAUUGGGUAAUUAAUCAUCUGCAUCAUAUACCGAUUACUGUUAAUGAUCAUUGCAUAACUAAAACAAAUAUGAUUGCUACUCGUAACGGUUCCGAUAUUAUUGAUAAUAAUGAUCAAUCACAAUUGAUUGAAAUAAUAAUGGAUUAUUAUGAUGCAUAUAUGGAUAAUAAUGGUACAAUCAUAUCGGAAAUUGAAUCUUCUGCUAAUAAUAACUAUAAUUCAACUAUAGCUUAUUGUACAUCAGAACAAUUAGAAAUACGACGACAAUUAGAAAAAGAUCGUAUCGUAUUGGAAGAAUUAUAUAAAUUAUAUACAUUGAUUGGUGAUAUACGUUUGGAUUUAAAUCUAAAUUAUUAUCAAUUACGUAAUAAACGAAAAAAACCACGUAAACAACAACAUAAUGAUGAAAUGAUUUCAUCAUCAUCACCAACACCAUCAAUUACAUCGAUUGAUUCAAGUGUAAUUGAAUUGAUAAAUGAACUGAUGUUAACGGUUGAAAAUGAUUAU